CAAUGGAGAAGACCUAACAAAGAGCAGGUACUAAAGUUUACUACUAAAGUACGUACAGUGUUGGUGUAGGAGUGUAAACGACAACAAGAUUACGUGUUGGUAUCAGAAACAAUUUGGAGACAACUAUUUUUGUAAGGUUCACUCGCUACCUCCUUAAACUACAGAAGCCAUGGCCUCGUCUAACCUGAGGUAUCAAGGGAAAGUUACAAUUGUGACCGGAGGCACACAAGGAAUUGGGGAAGGAGUUGUCAGAGAGUUCGGUAAGGGAGAAAAGUCAAAUAUCCGCAGCAUUAUUUAACUUUAGGGGUUGCCUCUCCUUUAAAAUUUGGGGUGAUAUAUUUUACGGGAGGGCUGUUAUGCACCUAUCAUUUUUCGGCCAUCCCGUGGCGGGGCGGGGGAGGUCCUGCGUAAAUAUAACUUUGCAUGGAGAGUUUAAUAGAGGGGGUUUUGAAAGAUUACCCAGAGAUGGGGGAAAUGAGGGAGGUUUGGUUUACCGCAUCCUUGCCGAAUUGGGCCGAUUUUACAGGGCUCGCACAGUCUUGAAAAUUCCUUGAAUUUUAGGGAAAGUCCUUGAAAAGGCCUUGAAUUCUAUUUUUCCUUGAAACGCCCUUACAUUUUUGUGCAAGUCCUUGAAUUUUCUUCAACUGUGAAUGUAGUGGCCUGGAAAGUGUUGUUUAAUACGUUUUGGUUGUCCAAGACAGACGAUAAAUCAUGCAAUUAGCUCAGCGAAGUUAAAGGUGAUUUACAUAAAGUGGUUUUUGUCUUAUGGAAUAAUAACCAUCAAUAUAAGACUGUGUAGCAUGCAUUUGUAAUCGAGUUAUAGUGCAAAUGAACUCGCAUCAGAAUGCUUGCUGAUACGCAGGCUAAUUUAAGGCCAGUGAACAGAAAAAUUUAGAGAAGUUGUUGGAGCAAACAGUUCGAGCCUUAAAGUCCUGUUAAAAUGAACGGUGAAAAUGUUUUUUUUUGUGCAAUCUGUGAAAUCACAUUCCUGGUAAAAUGGUCCUUGAAAAUUGAAUGUGGCCAUUGAAAAGUCCUUGAAAAGUCCAUAAAAAAUCAUUGUGAUUUUUGUAUGAACCCUGUUUUAAGUUGUCUUAAAUCAAGGAUUAUAUAGACCACUCGUCCAGAUGAUUGCGGGCUUACCUCUCUCCUAGUGGUGAAAAAAUGGCUGAUUCAACGGACUGUGUAAUCUCAGGUAUUCUUUUGUAAAUCCAUUUCCGUUGUGUUAUUUCUUGUAUAUGCUUCUUCUUAUCAUGCCAGGCCAGGUGAGCUGGGUCAUUAUAGUGGCAUCUCAAGUUUACGGCUGUGGUUUUAUGUUUUUCAAUAUGAUACCCCUCUAGCAGGGUCUGAAAUUGCGACCAGCUGGUCACCAAUGCUCCUAGAAAUUGAGAAUUGGCAACCAAAAAUUAAAGGCCUGCUGACUAAAAAAGUUUGAAGCAGCCGUUCAAGAAUUGGAGGAUUUUCCGUUUUUGUUCAAACUUGACUUACAGGUAUGUUUUACCCUGCCAACAUCAUGCAACCGUUAUUUCAGUGUUUUAAAAUGUUUCGUGUUCAGAACAGUUGAAUGGCUGUUUUCGUGGCUGUCGUAUUGUUUACAGCGGUUGCUGCUCUGACCGAUAUAACUUUAUGGGUGCAUUUUAUACACACUCACUUUCUUCUUGCUAUGAAUAUUAACAUCACUUUUCCCGGUGCUUUGCAGACUGUGCAAAUUUAGGUGACAAAGAAGCAGCUAAAGAUUUUUUUAAGGGGUAGAUUGAUCUUGCCAUGAGGAGAAAAGAUGUUGGUAACAACAUGGCGGCUUCGGUCUGUAAUCGACAGAAUGUGACUCAUGUUUCCCUAGCUUUUGUGGAAGAAAAGAAAGUUUUGACAUGAUGAACGAAUAAAGGAGUAGAGGAGCAGCUGGUUAUAUAAAUCAUUCUACCUUUAUGGCUUAAAUUCCAGAACAAAUUCCUUUUUCUCUUCGAAAAGCCAUCAUCUUGAAACAAAACCAAAAAUUCAAGGUUAUGCCAUCACCGGGAAGUUGGUCUGUUUUUGCAUGAGCGUAAAAUGUCUAAAACAUUCUUUCUUUAUCAUGUUGUUAAAGAAAAGGAAAAAAUUUCUGGUAACCACUUUGUACCAUCUGUAGGCAUUUUUAUUAACUAGCCAGAUUGUGCCUGUAUCAAAAAGUUAUUUUCACACCCUGUCUAGGAGGAGGAAUUUCUUAACUUUGAUUGCUCUGUGUCCCACAAGUUCCCUUCCUUGCCUGGGGUCCCCCCCCCUCAGGGGAUGGCAGAUGAUAAGUGCAUUAUUCACUCUCCUCCAGUGGGCCGAGUGUGCUUUUGCACCUGCCUACUAAGGAUGAUGAGUUUUUUGAAGAAGGGUUUGAAUUUUUUCUUUAAAGAAACCAUCAAACUCUAGAUCCUUUGGACAGUCUUCCUCACAGGCGAGGUUUCUAAAUUUGUUGCGUGUGUAGGGCAUGGAACGUAAGUGGAUGUUCUAAGAGGUCUGCAAAUUCAGAUUUGCCAUUUGUUUUCUGUUAGCAUACUGUUGUAAUCUGCCAUCAGUAAGCAAUUUUAUCUGAAGAGUGCUGCACAAGUUGUGCAGUACAAAACUAGUCAGGGGUGUAGCUACCUGUAUGCAUGGUGCACUUGGUAUCCAAAAACGUUGAGGAGAAAAAAUAAAAUGAAACAAAUAUAACAAUACAAAAAAAUCAGUUUCCAGUGACGACAUUUACUGGUGAACUGAAUCUUGAAUGAUAAUAUAUUUAUAGAAAUGGCGGUAAAAUAGUGGGCAUGGCAAACUCGAUGCUGUAAAGCUUGAAACAAUAAUUGUUUUCACCUUGGCCUGUCUUAGCAGUUAUACAAAAUAAGGCGAGGGUUUGCAAGACAUGUAUUUCUAGUUACUUGUGCACUUAACCUUCGAUUGUAACAAACACACAGACACUACAAAGCGUUGUCAACAUGCACACACAUUGCACAUGAUUCAAAAAAAUUCUUGUGAUCAUCAUGUAGCUUUUGUCAUUACUCUGUAGGUCAUGAUGUACAUGACUAAAUUUUCAUUUGAUUACUAUGUCUUGACCUUCACUUUUCUUCUGUGACCCUUAUCAAAAAGGGGAAAUUGCCUUCCUGUUCUUCUUUUGAAAAGCUGCAAUGUGUUAAAAAAUAUCUAAUGUGGGUAAUGUAUCUGGAUUCUUAAAGCCAAGUCUUUUGACAUUACCAUUCUGUUUUCUAGUUAAAGCUGGAGCCAAAGUCAUCUUUUGUGGUCGUGAGGGUAUGUCAAUUUUAUCUGAUAUUACUGCAUGUCAAAGCCCAUAAUUGUCUAGAACAAAUAAAUACACGAGUGCAUUAUGCUUUCUUAUUCUGUGUGGUGCUGUCACAGGAAAAAAUAACAGAUUCCCAUUUUUGGAUAUUUUAGUUUGAAUACCCACAAAAAUCCCAAAUUUGGAUCUGAGUGAGACAAGUCUCAAUCAGGGAACUUGGUUGGGAAUUCCCUGGUUGGGACUUGUCUCACUUUGCCAAAUUUGGGAUUUUUAUGGGUAUGGGAAUCCGUUAUUUUUUCCUGUGUGUUUUCACAUCUAUUGUGACAUCCAGGGAUGGAUUGUUUUACCUAGCGCUACAACUGGCAAGUUCUUUAAAAGUGGAUACACCAUUUUAAGAAGGACCAUUUCUUACAUUCUGUUCUUUUAAUGUAUAUUUAUGUCAGUUGUAGUUAAUUUUUUGUCUCAGUUAAUUUUGUUUUCUAACUAGACAGUCAGUUUUUUUCUAACUAGUUAAUUUUUUUCUAACUAGAUAAUUUUUUCUAGCUAGUUUACUUUUUUAUAACUAGGUAAAUAAUAAUUUAACUGGUUACAUUUUUUUGGCUGGUUGUUUUAAUUUGUUGUUGCAACAAGUUAUUUUUAUGGAAUGUGUUAUUUUUGACAUCUAACUAAUUCUCAGUCCUGAGCUAGGGCGACCUGUGCUUCGAUGUAUCAUCAUUCUCCUAGAAUCAUGAGAAUUAUGUCAGUCUUGAAAGAAGGUGCCCCUGGUGGGUGGCACAUAUAUGUAAAUAUUUAGUAAUUAUUGGACGAGGUUGAGCAAAAUAUUUGUCAGUGGCGAGCAGAUCAAUUAUUUGCUGAAGCCAAAGGCUGAGGCAAAUAAUAAUUGAUCUGCGAGACACUGACAAAUCACGAUAUUUUGUGAUAACCGAGUUCAAUAAUUGUUUUAUCAUUCACCGAGUUUGUUUUUUAAGGAAUAUCUUCGGGAAGCGAAGCGAUCUGCCAUUUUUGCACAAGAGUGAUCGCAAGAAGGAGAAAAGCGCGGUUUCAAUUAUGCAUGAGCAGAAUAGUAUUUGCAGCCAAAAACAGUUGAACAACAUUACGCAUGAGCACACCAUUAUUUUUAGGCAGUUAUUUAAUUGCAGGUCACGUGGUGGGCUCUCGGCCAAUAAAAAGGAAGAAACAUUUGCAUCUGAUGAUAAAUACCUUUUUCAGGAGUUCCCCCUCUCCCACGCUAUCUCUAUUAUAUUACAAAAUAUUGUGUCUUUAUUUUUAGUCACAAUCAACUUUAUUUCUGUGUUAUGCUUUGUAGUGGCUGAAGGGGAAAAACUUGAAAAAGAGAUGAAUGACAAAGGUCCUGGAGAAGCAUGCCUUAUUAAAUGUGACGUUACUAAAGAGGAGGACAUCAAGGUCAGUGUACUGUGCUUUCUAGAAACUCUUCAGUCUGAAGUUAUUAUUAUAUACCUGCCAACUUUUUCUGAGAUGUAGGCGUGAGAUUUUUAUCCUGGGAGUGCUGGGGUUUUUGAAAACGACAGGAUCAUUUCCGAAGAUUCCCGAAGAAGUCUGAAGUCUUCGGAAGACGUCCGAAGUCUGCCGAAGGCGAAAUUAUCGAGAAAACGCUUAUCCACAAAAUCAGAGAUCGCGAGGAAGGUAUUGUCAUUUAUUCAUUUUUCACAUGGUUUUCGUUCCUUACAUGGGCCUGAGUUAACAUAUUUUUGGAAAUUGUGUCAAGCAAGACGGCAACAACUCACAUUUUUCAAUCAGGUGUGAGAAAUUGGUCCGCAGGCGUGAGCGGGCGUGAGAUUGAAGUUUUCAACCCGCAGGCGUGAGACUGACGCCUAAGGCAUGAGAGUUGGCAGGUAUAUUAUUAUUAUUUGUUGAGUUGAGUUUUCUUAUAAACCCCAACAUUCUGGUAUCAAUCAUUCUGGUAUCUUAGCACCUUUUAGUACCUUCCUUCUAAGUCGACUGAUGGUACAUUGAAUCAGUGAAAACUGAAUCUUAGUUCUAGUCUAUGAACACAGUCAUCCUAACAAAUCUGACUCUAGGCUCACUCUGCUAGCACACUUAAUCAGCCAAUCAUCUCACCACAGCUCUCUCUGUUCACCCUGUUUAGUACAAUCAUUAUUCAAAACCAAAACUUCUGGUUUAAAUCUGGGGUAAGUAUGAACCUACCGGUAUGUAGCACAGCCCUCUUACCACAUGUUCACGCUGCUACCAGCCACUUAAUGAGAGACAAAACCGAGUACUUCUAACCACAGUCAUUCCAACAUAGCUCCCUCGGAACACCCAUCCUUUUCUGCAAAACUGAAUUCUGACAUCUUAGUGCAUGAUCACAGUCAUCCUAACUCAGCUCUCUCAGCGUACUCUUCUUGUAAAAUCAUGUCAGUCAGUCAUGACUGAAUCAUAUAGCCCCGGUUCAGUUUAAAUGUCACGUGGAUAAGUCACUGGGUAGAGAUUUAUCCAGUACAUAGCAUUGCCCACCUUUUUAAACAACUGUAGCCUGGUCUAUGACCUCAGUCAUUCCAACACAAUGACUUUCAACAGUCAUGCUACACUGUAUAUUGGAACACUCAGUUAGCCAAAACUAAAUCCUCUGGUGUGUGACUAGUUGGUGUUGUUGUUGUUUAAUUUCUUUGGUCCCAGAUUUACGACAGCUACAUUAGUGAAUACCAUAUUUGAUUGUACCCAGGUGUUCCAUCUCCAGAUUAGAAGCACAAACGUCAUUCAAUUAACAUUCAAAAAAAGUAUUUUUUUUCACAAAAACCUCAACGAUAAAGCUACAGACAUUCCAUAAAAGCUUCCCAAACAAUAUCUCAAUGGUUUUGUCUAAUAUGUUUUUUAUCUUUGACUUCUUUUACUUUUUUGUGGGUCAGUUUUUCUCUUAAAAUUUAUGUUUAAACUUAAACGGUAAGAAAAGGCUUUCUUUCUUUAUGUCAAUGAAGAAUUUGGUGGAGAAGACAGUUGAAAAAUAUGGUUGCAUUGACUGCCUCAUCAACAAUGCUGGAUGGCGUAAGUAGAGAAACCUUUUUCUUGAUCCUUUGUCAUAACUAACUGCAAGCUAUAAGUAUUUAUUUAUGUAUCUAGUCUGAAAUUUUGUAGGUGCAUUAAAUUCAGCCAUCUUAAUUUUUGUGAGUUGAAAUAAUAAGGCUUGAGAUACUAUCUGACUAAAUAGACCUUAUUCAUGAUACCUGCCAUCUUUGCAUGCGCCUUAGGAUCACUGGCCAUGGGAUAUUAGCAUUAAUUAUGUCACGUGGUUUCUCAGGGGACAAACAAUGAAUAAAAUUUGCCAAUGCAAGAAAUCGUGGUUAAGUUUGUUUAUUCUCUCAAAAUGAGAGGACAAUUAAUAUAAUUAAGUCAUGCAAAAUGUACAGUUCAAGUUUUAACAGGUUCGCGAUAUUAUUACCUGCUCUGAGGACAUCUUACGGUCGCUACUGCAUCUAGAAAAGUAACAAUUAAUGAUCAUUUUCACCCAUGAUUUGCCAUAAUUAUUCAAUCAAUCAAUCAUUUAUUUUGACACAUUACGUUGAGGAGCUAGAAAACUUGUUCAAAAUACGAAUGUGUAUAAAUAAAAUCUAUAAUAAUGACAGCUAUAUGUUAUAAUAUUAUUCAAUUUUAAAAACAACUCAAUAAAUAUGUAAAAAACUUAGUAAUAAAAACGUAAAAUAUAAAAAGCUAAAACCUACUAAAAAGCCAUAUACUAAAAAUGUGACCGGAAAACUAUAAGACACGUUCAAAAAACAGUAAAAAGCUACAAUCAUGCACUACAAUUCAAAGUAGACAGACUGCAAAUUAUCUUAGUUGCUAAAAAAUAUAUAUCUACGUGUCGCCACUGUUCAUCAGUAGGAUGCCUAAAAUGCGUGCAAUUCCACGAUUGGUUUCGGCUCCAUUAAAUCCUGUACCAAUUGCAGAACAUUUUAGGAGGAGCCACCCACCAUGUGAGCACAGUCAUGGACAAUGUAUAAGUGAGGAAAAUAACGCAAAGUAAAAUUAAGACGUUAAUAAACGAACUAAAUGUACACGUCAAUUAAAUAAAUAAACAAAUAAUGUGCGCGCUGAAAAUAAAAUUGUACGCGCACACGUACCGAGAUACAACUGAAAUACAACACUAUGUAAUAAAUAAGUAAUGUAAGGAUACGAUAUGGUGCAAUUCAAGCCUGGAUUGCUAAUCUCAUCUCCCGCAGGGCUGCACCAUACUACAAGACACGUUCUAAAAAGCUGUAAUCAUGCAAUUUACGUUUGAAGUCAAUAUCAUCACUUGAAAGACGCAGUUGAGGGGGCAAACUGUUCCAUAACUUAGUUAAUGAAUAAGUGAAAGAAUUCUUCUUAAAUGUAAGAUGAAAGUUAGGUAAUUCCAGAUUCAAGCCCUUGCCUCUUAGCCCAUACGGUGUAUGCAGGCCUAUAUUAAUAAUUUUAAAAAGGCUUCCAAUAUAAGUAGGUCUUGUACCAUUUAAGCAUUUAACAAGAAGUAAGCAUUUAAAAAUCAAAUUAAAAAAUUUAUUGUCUUCAAGAUAAAAAGUUCUUCAUUUUCUGUUGUUGAAUAAACAGACUCGACCACUAUUUCUUGCAUUGGCAAAUUUUAUCACUUGUUUGCCCCCUGAGAAAGCAUGUGACACCACUUUUAUCCCGUCAGUCGUAAAGCGCAUGCAAAGAUGGAGGGUAUCUUGAAUAAGUUCUGUUAGGCUGACUGAUCAGUCCAGUGAAGGUGGUUGCAAAAACAAAUGAAAAAGAAAAGAAAGGUGAGACAAGGAGAGCGGUUCUCUUUUUCUUCAGUCUUUUUUAGUUAUUAUUGUUUUCAUUUUCUUUUACUUUUUUUAUUUUUAUUGCUGGUGAGCUUUAUGCGAGCCAGCACACUAUCUCUACAAAUAUAGUGGGAAAAAGCCAAAAUUUGUUGGAUGUAAGAUCAGGAGCAUGCGCAGUCAAGUGGUUUUCUUCUGUGCGAUGAGAUCACAUAAAACGCACAUGGACUAGAUAGAGAGAUUUCAAGAAAAUUUCAAGGGCUUUUCCCUUUUAUACAUCACAAAUACAUGGAAAUAACAUAUUUUUCUAAAAAAAAAAAGGCUUAGACCCACCCUAAUUCCCAGGGCUAAUGGUCAUUUUCUUCACUUUAUAUAAUAUUUUCAAACUGAAUUCUCUGUAUUUUGCUCCAGGUCUGAUGUUAGCACUUAAUUUCAGAUUGAAACUCCUGGUAUUCUUUUGCAAAUUUCUCCAGUCUUACUGAGCCUGAACCUCAACUUGACUGUCUCAAAAGGGAGUGCUCAUGGUCUACUAUUUUUGACUCCAAAAAUUUGAAACUUCUAGUGUUUUGUAAUUACGUAUUGUUUUCUAGGUGUUAAGUUUUUAUCAAUCCUUUUAAACGUUUACUACAGAUCCCCCAAGUAAAACAAUUGAUCAGACUUCAGCUCAUGAGUUUAGAGACCUGCUGAAUCUCAACCUUGUGAAUUACUUCUUGUUUUGUAAAGUAAGUCUUGUAGGUUUUUUUUAAUUACAUGCAAACGCUACAGUUUAUUUCUUGACAACAACUGUUCUUUAGAUUAAGGGGAAGAAGAUUUUUGCAAUGAUUUAGCCAAUGCAGUACAAUGUAUUAGACAAGUAUAACGUAGAAAGAAUAGCCUGUGCAGCAUAGCACUUGGAAGUAUUAAAUGGGCGCAAGAAAGAACGGACACGCGGGGGAGACACGCCGCGCGCCCGUUCUCUCUUGAACCCAUUAAUUCCUAGCGCCUGCUAUACAGGCUAUAGAAAGAUGGAGAACUAGCCUGCAAAAUGCCAGGAAGCAUGCUAUCUAUUUAUCAAGUGUGACAGGUAAGGAGGGUCAAUAAUGUGAGACCUUGUGGUGGGAGCUUACCAUUUACACAAACCAUGCACAUCAAAGGCUUUGCUCUAAUACUUUCACUUUUAAAGAGAGGCCUGGGGCAACUUGGAAAAUAAUUGGCUUUUUGAUUUAUUUUUGUUUUCAGUUUGCUUUACCUCACUUACGGAAAACAAAAGGAAACAUUAUCAAUAUGUCAAGUUUAGUGGCACAAAUUGGCCAGCCUGGGGCUGUAGCAUAUGUUGCAAGCAAGGUAAAUCUUUUAUGUUUUUGAGGUCAGGCAUGCUUGUUCUGCAGUCUUCUCAAAUGUACCAUUUUCUAAAUGAAAAAGAAAAAACAAACAAAAUUUUGAAGAGAAAUAUUUUAGGAUCUUUCCUAGUAUACAUAUGCAGUUAGUUAAACCGUCAAUAGGAUAGGGGAAAUUAUAAAUACUAACCUUGUGCCGAUUUGUGUAACUUUGUUUGUAUUAAGGGUGCAGUAACGUCAAUGACAAAAGCUCUUGCAGUUGAUGAAGCUAAGUGGGGAGUGCGAGUUAACAGGUAAUUUAUUGGUCGUCUAACUAUCGCAUGUAUAACAGGCAUCAGUAAUACUGAAUUGAUCAGUAGCCAAGCGCUAAGUACGGUGUACCAGAAAUGAGAACACAUAGUAUGUUGAGAGGUUAAGAAAAUUAUUGUUUUUAUUAUUCAUUCAAAAUAUUUCCAACUUAAAAAAUAACACAUUAACCCUGAACUAUGUAAAGAAACCAUCUUUAACUAUUGCCUGAUCCUUGCCAGGUUGAGGUUAUGAAGGGAUGUUUUGAUAAUUCUAGCGGACACAAUUCUUUGAAUAGCAGUUGUCAUCGGUUGCGUGGUGAUGGUCCCAAGUGAGUUUGCUAAGGCAACUUUUCUAAAUCGUGCCACAAUUGCGAAUACUGCACGCAAUCGCAAUUACUGCAAUCACAGUCUCGUUGGAAAAUUUUUAUUAGGGAUAUACAUGUAUUUGCUAUCUUGCUAUGUUUUCUUCAAGUAGUUCGGCUAUUUCAUCUUUGCCUAACGUGUGAAAUCUUUCUUCAGCUCUGCCAAAUGAGGGGACACGCUUGCUAAAUUACUUGAAGAAAAAAGCAUUAUAUUUUAUUUUGUAGACAGGCUAAAUUUGGUCAAAGAUCGCUAGUUAUGAGGAAUUAGCUGAGGGAUUUUGGCCAAUCAGAGAAGGAGAAAAUUAAGAGGCCCUGCGCCUAAGAAACGACCGAUGAUUUCCGGCUAAAAAAUAAAAUCGGCCGAUUUUUAUCUCCCAAGUAGAGGUUACCGAAUACUAUUCAAAAAUGAAUUUCUUUUGUUUCAGUUUCGCUUUAAACCAAAAAUAUCGAGCCGCAAACUUUUUCCGUCUGAUAGCAGCAAAAUCAGGCCUAAAAUAAGCCCUCGCAAAAAACGGUUCAGAAAUCACUAUCGCAACGCAAAAUAGCGAGAAAACCACACAGUGAUGAAGAAAAAGGCCUUUUAAUGCAAUAUCAUUCGAUAAACAUCGAAAAACUGCCGAAGGGAAUAAAAAAUAAAUUUUCAACAAUUGCAUAUUAAAUUAGAUGAAGCGUUGGAGUUGAUUUUAAAACAAUAAUUUCUCAAAAGUCCAACGCUGCUGAAAGCAAUCACAGUGAUGAAUCAGACAUUGGAGGGAUAUACAUCACGUUUUCGGAAAAACAUUUUUCGGCCAAAGUAUACUGACGUUGUAAAAACCGUUCAAAGUUACCGUAUUUACCGUUAAGUUGCCACUUCGGCGAAACACUUUUCUGUUGCCAAUAUGGCCAAGGAUAGCGUGGUAAACGCUACUUUAAGCCUUGCUAGGCGCUCAAAACCAUCCUAAAUAGAAGUAUAUAGAAUUAAAAGAGAAAGGAAAUGAAAGAUUCGCAGAAAAAGAGAAUAACUCGAAAUUACCAUCUGCUAAGGAGAGUUGAAUCUUGGAAAUGUUGUCGCGUGACAGCGUUCAUUUGUCCGAACUGCAGCGGGAUCCAAACAAAUACGUGAAAUAUAAGUUUAAAAAAAAACAGUCCUACUAUGACCAGAAAUCGUGAAGUGAAACAGUUUUAUGUUUUUCCUAUUAAUGAUGGUGAAUUCAGCCUCAGCUAGUCUCCAAGUACUUUGAAGGUGGGCUGCUUGUAUUUCGUUACAUACAUUCCAACGGACGUUACGGGUCAGCGCGUGUAGGGGUCAGCGGACCUGAAGAAAGGUGACGAAGUUGGAGAGCAACGCCAUGCUAGGGGGGACAUUGGUAGGUACCCAAUACCGAAAAUAAAUGCCGUAUCGGUAUUUCGUCGAUUUUUGACACGGUAUUUCGGUAUUUACCAAUUUUUCUCACGGUAUUGCGGUAUUUAAUCAAUUUAAUUUAAUUCAGGAAAUGAUGGGCUCCUGUUUAAUUUUGCGAGGAAACGUGAGACGACCUCGAACUGAUCGGUACAACGAACGAAAAAGAUACCCUACCAAUUUCAUCACAGAUUAUCUGUCAGAAAUUGUGUAAUGGUAAUCAUUUACCAUUAAUCUAAAGUCUUAAAAAUACUGACGUGCAUUAAACUAGCCUGCGUAGCAGGCGCUUGGAAGUAGUGGGCGCGAUAGAGAACGGGCGCGCGUGAGGGAGACACGCGAGGGGUCAUCCAAACGCCUGCUACGCAGGCUAGCAUGAAACAGGAGAGGGCAAUGAACAGUACCGCAAUACCGUGAUCUUCUUUUACCGAAGACCGUUAACCAAAAGGAAGAAAUACCGCAUACCGCAGGGCUAAAUGAUAUUACCGCAAUACCCCACUUUAAAAUCCAAAUUACCGAAAUACCGCAUGAAAAAAAGCUCAAUACCGUAAGCCCCCAUUUCUCCCUCCAUGCUGUUGAAGAGGUGAUAGAAUAUUUGGGCUUAAAACAUCCAAUUAUAUUUGAUGUUUACAAUCUUUGUCAUAAUUAUCACAGCAACAAACUUUCAUCUUUCAAUGUUAGUGUUGAAAGACAUGUGCGGGUAUUUCGAAAUACCUUACAAAUCUACAGAUCUAAAAAGAGACCUUUUAGCCAAGGUUUCAGUGUAAAGGAAUGUGAAUGAGUGCAGCAAAAAAUAAUUUCAUUCUGUAACUUUCCUGCGCAAGAGUUUGAGUGCAUGGUAUGCUGUCCAAUCGAUAAUGUGACAAGUUGUGCGUUGUGCAUUGGUUAUCAUCUAAAUAUCAUAAAUAUUAUUGUGGAAACAAAUUAUGAAGCAUAUUAUAAAAUGAAGUUGCAAAAUGAGUGAGGCACUUUCAUCGAUUUAAAAGUCCUACCGGUCUCCUAUAUUUUUUUAUGAUGUCCUCCCCAAUAUUUUGGUGACCCUAUUCGGCGGAAUGGCGGAAUACAUGGAAUCAGUUGUAAAAUAUGGAAUAUACGUAAUACUCUAAAACACCGAAUUUACAGAAUAUUCUGUAUUUGAUUUGAACUGGACUGACGAAAAAGCAGAGGCAAUAUUAAAAAUUUAAUUUUCGUACUA